AUGGAGCGUAACCAGGCUUUCGCUAUGGAAAAUGCCUGCACCUCACUCACCCACUUUGCUGAGGUGACAGCAUGCAAGAAAGCCACUUUGAGCAAUAAAAAAUUCAGCACAGCUAAAUGCAUGGGCUCAAAUGGAGAUUUAAUGACUGCAUUAAGCACCAUGUUUAGCCUCCAGCCAGGAACAAUGUCCUUCACAGGAGGUGGAUACAUUGCAGGAAGUCUGGCCAUGAUGACUGAUGCAGCUCAUUUUCUAGUGGACUUUGCCAGUUUCAUGAUCAGUUUGUGUUCAUUAUGGCUGUCCUCCAGGCUGUCCUCCAGGCCUACCACAAAGAGAUUGAACUAUGGGUGGCACAGAGCCGAAAUCCAUGGUACCUUGCUAUCAAUUUUUGCAGUCUGGCUUGUGACACUGGUACUGGUGUACCUGGCCUGUGAAAGACUGAUAAGUAAUAAUUAUACCAUAGAUGGGACAGUAAUGCUUAUCACCUCAGGCUGUACUGCAUUAGCAAACAUUAUAAUGGGAUUAACACUUCACCAGACUGGCCAUGGGCACAGCCAUGGAAUCAGGUCACCUCCCCAGGCUAACGCCAGCGUGAGAGCAGCUUUUAUUCAUGUGUUGGGCGACCUUUUACAGAGCCUCAGUGUGCUUGUCAGAGCAAACAUCAUUUUCUUCAAGUUAGAAUACAAAAUAGCAGCUCCUGUUUGCACAUUUCUAUUCUCCGUCUUUGUGGUGGUGAAAGCUUUUACAAUUCUUUGGGAUAUCUUACUGGUUUUAAUGAAAGACAGACUGUUGCUAGUUACGUCCCGCUGCAGCCUUGUGCCCAGCGUGAAGACAGCAGCUCGAGUCGCUCCUUUCCACCAAGGUUGCCACCUGCCUGGGUUUGACCUGGACAGUCCGGGAAAUGACAUCUGUGUCCGAGUGGCAGAGAAUCCCGUGGACCUGGGAACUGUCAUCUUGUAA